ACAUGAACAUAUGAGUGUGCAGGCUUUGAGAGGAGAUAACAGCAGCUUUGAUCCUUUUCUUGCUGCUGCUGUACUACUAUAAAACAACUUUAUUACAGCCCACGGUUUGGAGUGAGACAAAUUACAAACCCAGGUUUGGACAACACAAGCAAAGCCAUGGCUUGGUCCGCAGGAGUGAAGCAGCAGUAGGACUGAAGAAAAUGUACGUUUCAGAGAAGAACUUGGUCUAAGAACUCUCUUUGGUCUACAAAUCACAGUACUAAAACUAGCCCUUAAGGAUCACAGCAGGAGCAGCACCGUGCAUUUGUUAGGAUACAGCAGAUCACAAUGGACACAGUUUCCCAGGUCGUCCCCAGCAAACUACAGCUGUCUUUAGCUCUCCACGCGAAACGCUGUAACUCUGAGCUGGCCAAGGUGGGGAACCCGGGAAGUUGUGGAGGGAGGCAGGAGGGAGCGGCCUCUUUAAGAGAAAGGAGCGUCUGGGAGAAUUUGGUUUUUGCAGCGACAAUGUGCAAACAGCGGGGGAUCCGUACGGUGCAAGCCGUUAGCAGAUCAACCAGCGGACCCGGGGCCUGCGAUCCUGAGCACACUUAUUUGAAUUGACGCUGCCACUGAAGGGCUGCCUCUCUCCUCCAUCUUUCAUUUUAAUUAUUUGUUGUGCCACCAGCACUUGUUUGGCUGGCAAGUCAAAACAUGCGCAGCCCCCGGCAAUGUGACACCAGAAGAUGGCAGGGCCGCAGGAGCUUGGGGACCCUUUGGGGGAAGGUGCUUUGCAGGCUGAGGCAACUGCUAGGUCCUGCUUGGCUGGCAAUAGGCUCAACUUAGAUGUCUACGCAGAGGGCUGUCGCCAGUUCCUUGAGCUGUAUGAUACCAGAAGAGAAGAAGUGGAGCAGGUGGAAUUCUUGAGGCUGAGCUGCAAUGAGGACCUUAUUACUUCCACACUGAGCACUGUUCCAGCCCUGAAAGGCUUAAAAUCCCUUGUACUCAAAGGUGGGCACAGCAGGGAUGAAAUUGGUGCCUGCCAGAGAGGGUUGCUGGCAUUCUUGCCGCAAGAGUUCGGGAAGUUAACCUGUCUUGCACAUCUGGAUCUCAGCUUCAACAGCUUCAGUGCUCUGCCUCCCUGCAUCACCAAGCUGGCCAGCCUCAGGAGCCUUUUGGUGAGCCACAACAGCCUGCAGGGGCUGCCUGAGGACUUUGGCCAGCUCACCAACCUCACUUUCUUUUCUGCCAUGAAGAACCAGCUCCGAAGUCUACCACAGAGCAUAGGGAAGCUGGCAGCACUGCAAACACUGGACCUCUCUGAAAAUGCACUGGAAUCACUUCCCAAAGAGAUUGGAAACCUGCACAGUUGCACAGACCUGGAUCUCUCAGGGAAUCUAUUAACAGGAAUCCCUAGCUCUCUUGGCAAUUUGCAAUCUCUGUGGCAGCUACAUCUUCACAGCAAUCUCCUGGUGACAGUUCCUGCAUCCUUGGCCUGCCUUCCCAACUUGUCCAGGCUUGAUCUGCAAAACAAUAGGCUACGCACCAUCCCUCCAGAGAUCCAGAGCUUCCCCUUUGUGCUUCUCCAUGGUAAUCCUCUAGGAGAACCAGAGGUGCCGCUGCAAUCAGACUCAAGCUCAAGUUCAGAAAAAUUAAGAAGACUGUUCCUUGAAGCUGGUGAGGAUAGCUUUACCGUGACCCCUGAAGGAUGCAGAGUUUUUCUAGCUUGCGGUGUGCAGUUUUGUUUCCCCCGGGGUGCCACCACUAGUUCAGUCACUAUCCACUUCCAAAAGCACUCCCCUGAUCCUCAGUGGGUGAAGCUGAAGCAUCAUGACAUCCUGCUGAGUGAAGUCCUGGAGUUGCAGCCUCACGGGAUUGAUUUCCAAGAGGAAGUGGUGAUCUGGAUGCCGUAUGCCUCUCCUCGGCACCUGCAUGACCGUGAGAUCAUAGUUCGAACCUUCAGUGGGCAAAACUGGAGUGACUUGAGAACCAGAGUGGAGUGGAAGGGGAAGCCAAAGAAACAUUUGGCAUGCUGCAGCGUCCCUCACUUCUCCUGGUUCUUAGUUGUCUCUCGACUUGUGGAGAAUGAAUGCAGAGUCCCUCAAGAGGGGGCACUACUUUUUUCAACUGUGGAUCCCAACAUCAAAGUGACCUUUCCUCCUGGUGUGACUGAGGAGACAAGGACAGUGAAGCUCCAGGUGCUGCCUGUAUCUGCAGAGGAGCUACAGGAGAUCACUGAUGAUCCUGAAACUCUUGCUAGCCCCCUUCUCUGCCUCUCCCAGAAUUCCAAUGUCGACUUCCUUCAGCCUGUAAAAAUUCAGCUCCCGCUGCCUCCAGGAAUCACAGGUCUUACCUUGGAUCGCUCCAGGGUCCAUCUGUUGCACAGUGACUGGAAUGCUCAGCAUUGGAAUGACAUCACCAAUCAGGUGGUGCUGGAGUUCACCCACCUCUACGCUUUGUUUGAAGUCACGCACUUCUCCUGGUACUGGUUAUGGUGCACCACCAAGACGUAUAUUGGUGGCUUUGCCAAAUAUGUUUAUAAAAGGCUGCGCUUGUACCAGGUGAACUUCAUAGCUCUACAGAGGAAGAAAGAUCCUGAACAAGUCUUGCUGCAGUGUGUCCCAAAGCACAAGGUUGAUCCUGUUUUGAAAAGGCUCCAUGACAGAUACCGAGGGCCUGAGCCAUCGGACAUGGUGGAGAUGUUUGAAGGGGAGCAGUUCUUUGCAGCCUUUGAACAAGGCAUCAGCGUUGAAGCAGACCGCCCAGACUGCACUGAUGGAAGGAUUUCAUUCAACUUUUUUUCUCACUUGAAAAAUGUGAAGGAAGUCUUCAUCACCUCUGAAGUAGACAGAAAAAGCAAAUCUGUAAAAGGGCAGGUUUCCUUUUACCGAGGUGCUGUUCCAGAGAACGUGCCUGAAGAGAUUACCAAGAGGAGGAAAGGCCCCAAUUCCCAUUGGCUGGCCACUUUGCCUAUCAGGCUGCCUAAAUUGAAAUCCCAGGAGAAUGAUCAGCCUCCAACCCAAAAUUGCUUUUCUCUCCCCCCUCUGAAUUUGGGGAACGCUGAAACUGGCUACUUAACACAAGCCAAUCUACUUGUCAUUGCUGGGCGCAUUGGAGCUGAUUGGCAAACUAUUGGCUUAAACCUGGGGUUCUCUUAUCAGGAGAUAGAGCGGAUACGAUACAACAACAGAGAAGACCUCAAUACUCAGAUCCUGCAUAUGCUCUUCUCUUGGGCUCAGCAAAACGAAAAGAGCUCCGAUUGUGUAGACAAGCUGAUCAGUGCCAUGAAGGAGAGCGGCCGCCAAGACAUAGCGGAUGAGAUCACAGCCAUUAUUGCACUGGGAAGACAAAAGUACAGGGAGUCCAUCCGGAGGGUGGGCCUAGACCAGGAAAGCAGCACUGAAGAUUCUGCCAUUGCCAUGGUGUAGCUGCCACCAAGAGGUCUUCUUUGCCUUGCCGUGGCCUACAAUGGAAAUGCUGGGACAGACAAAGGACGGACGGUGGAUUGGUGUGUUACCGGUCACAGAAAGAGCUGAUACUGAGGGCUGUGGCCAACCUGCUUCUAGCUCUUAGUACUAAUGUUUGGUUGUGCUCACUUGGGACAGCUGGAACAAGAACGACCUGCUAAACAUCAGUGACACAGAGACAUUCUAGACUCUUACAUUUGCUGGUCUGGUGACUUAUUUAUUUUGUGUCCAUCUCUACUCUUAUAAGAAAAAAAACCAUUUGUGACCUUGUGACUCGUUAAAUUCAAGAUAAUGAAAGAGGUAGGGAUGUUCACUAAAGAGAGAGUAGGGCAUUAAGACUGGGGGUCUCCCUACUUGGUGUCUGUGGGCACCACCACGUCCUCAAAUAUCCCGAUUGGUGCUUGGCAAGGUCUCCUGCCCCUUCAGCUUUUUUCUUUGUUCUCUUCUUUACCAUGGAUGGGUCAGGGCUGUCUGGACACUCUACCCUCUUACCUCCUUUUCCCCAGAAUGCCUCUAGUGCUUGCUCUACUUUUUUGUUUGAUGGAUGUUUGGUGUGUGUUUUUGCCUGACCCUAGACUUUGUUUGGAAGGAACGGCUGCUUUUGUUUGGCUGUUUGAGGGUGUUGCCUACUUUUUUGUCUCCAUUUUUAUUUGGUUUUGGGGGGGUUAUUGGUGUUUUGCCUCUUGUUUUUUGAGGGAGGGGUCCUGAACACUGACAGUUUUUCUUCUGCUUGGGGGGGGCAUUCUGUGGUAGAGGCACAUUAAAGGCUAUAAGGUCCAUGAUCUUCCCAGGGGAAUAAGUUCAAAUCAAGGCCUAAAUGAGAACUAAAGAAGCCAAUUUAUUAAGGUUUUCUAGUUGAUAGAGAAUCAGGCUUCCAACUCUCCCUACCCUUCCCAAGCAGUACAAUCGCCACUUCCUAGUUGGUGCAUCACAAUAGCACUUUCUCCAAGGCUUCUGUGUUUGGGGAGCAAAAGAUCCAGGGGCUCUGCUACUGACCCCUUCUUAAGCUAACCUGAGGCCACUCGCAGUGGCUAGGUCCUCCCAAAUCCUAGACCAAUAGGACUAGAGAAACUUGGGAGGUCUUCUCUCAGGGCUCCCUCUGCCUCCCUGCAACUAGACAACUAGCAGAGCCAAGAGAUGAUGGUUUCUGCUUCUCUCCAGUAAGCCACUUUCCUCCCCUCUCAGACAUGCUUCUUCUGGCCUGUUUAAGCUCCUGAGCCCUUCAUUUAGGCCUUGGUGAUAGCAGCAGCUGCUGCCCAUCUCCCCAUUUUGUUCCUGUAUUAUUGGUGUGUUUCAUAGAACGUGUGUAAGUAGUCAUUUGCCAGGUCACCUCUGGUGAGUUAAAAUCAUGCCCAGGCAAUCAGACAGGAAAGAUUUACACAACCUGCUUCUUUUUACUCUUCUUUUAGGCUAAACAUAUCUCCAAGGCAGCAAAUAAAACUCUUUGUGGGCCCUGGAAUAUUUGUGUUCCAUGGUGGUCUGAACUCUUGACAGAAUGUGGACACACCUCUCCCACACAAACACAUUUGUUAAGAGGCUCAACUGGGCUACCUUAAUUGUAUUGCUUUCCUUUUCUGUGCUUAUAACUGUUGGGUGGUCCCUCUGUGCACUAGUGAUCCUUGGCUCCAGUUUAACACCGGAGACUUGCACAUCCAUCUAUAUAUCAGUAAAGUAACUAUGUCCUGCUUAAGGUAGCUCCUGAACUUUCUGGGUAGUGAUUUGACUGCCACUGUGAAGACACUUACUGGGAUUCCCAUCAAUCAUCUCACUUUACAUAGUAGUUUCCCACUUUCUGUUCCAUCAUUCUGGACACUUGCCAUCUGUGCCAAGAAAAGCUGGAUUCUGCCACCUACAUAGAUAUGCAAAGCAUAUUUGUAUAUACUGGAGUCUUUUUAACCUAAUUGGUUAUGCUUUUGGUUACUUUUAGGAAGGGGUAGCCUACAGCAAUACUGCCCUUGAUCUUGUAAGCUAAGCUGGGUCGGGCCUGGUUAGUGCUUGGAUGGGAGACUGCCUGGGAAUACAGCGUGCUGUAGGCUUAGAGGAAGGCAAUGGUAAAUCACCUCUGAAAACCCUAUGAAUAAAAAAAAAGGUUCAUAGGGUUGCCAUAAGUCAUAAUCGACUGGAAGGCAUAUAACAACAAAGAAAGGGUAAGGGCUCUGCAAGGCACUGAUGAGCUGGGCAUGCUCAGACCCUUUUCAGUCUUGAAGUCUCAUCAUUUAAAAGAAAAAAAAUGAAAGCCAAGGUUGUUCACAUGAAAUUAAACUGGACCCAAUGUGGUAAAAUGGCAUAUGUGUAUAACAUGCAGAGUAUCUUUGGUUUUCAUGUUUUACUACAUGCUUAAAUUCAGUUAUAUACACUCACCAAGAUGUUUCAAUUUGCACAUCUCCAUUGGCCACUAUUAUUUAUUUUAUUUAUUUAAACCUUUUUUAUGUUGCCUUUCAAGGCAGCUCUCAAUCAAAAUCAUAACAGUGCAACAUUUUCAAUACAAACAUCAACAUUUUUUUUAAAAAGCAUAAAAACAAGAAUGAUUGUAAGCCAAACAGCUUCACUCUACCAUGAUUUAAAAAGUGUCUCUUCAUGCCCCACCUAAACUUAAAUAAGGAGCCAACUGUACCUCUAGGCCAGAGAUGGAUCACCUCAGGCCUGGAGGGCCACAUGCCUCUGUAUUUGACCCUUGACUCUCCCAAAGCCACCUACCCUCCCCUGCCUUCCUUUGCACCUUGAGUGUUUUUGCCUGACUCAAAUAUAUCCUUGAACUCUGAUAAGGCUUCUUGCUUGCCUAGAUGAAGGAUAGAGAGGUUUGUGUGAGUGUGUGUAGAAACUAGUUACAGUACAAAUGUAAAAUUUAUACUUGUUGCUGUACCUACUUUUGCCUCUGUCCUGAAUGAAGCCCUCAUGCUCAGGUUCUCCGCUCCUGCUCUACAGGGAGAGAGUUCCACAGAUGGGGUGCCACAACUGAGAAGGCUUGUCCCUGUGCUGUUGCCCUAUGCACUAUGCUUAGUGGCAGGAUUGCAAGGAGAGCCUCCCCAGCAGAUCUUAAGGCAAGGACUGAUGCUCCUUCAAGUACUUGGGACCAAAAUCAUUCAGGGCUUCAUAACUUAGCAACACAAGCUUUAUUUAGGCUAGGCAGCCAAUCAGUUUGCACAGGACCAGUGUUAUAUGAUCCUGAGCAUAGUGAACAGGGGCACUGCUGACUACUCUGGGGUCAUGUUCUGCCCUAGCUGCAGCUUCCAGAUCGUCUUCUCAGGGUAGCUCAAUAUUGAGCACAUUACAGUAAUCAAGAUUAGCAGAGCAUAGAUAGCUCUUACUAAGCUGUCCCAGUCCAGAAGGGCUAUAGGUAGUGCAUGUGAACUAAAUUAACUUAGGUUAAUCAUGAAAAUCUAAAGGCAAAAAGCUGGGAUUGUACUACAAUCUUAUGUCCGCUAGGUGGGAGAGCACGGCUCCAAACUUCAUACAUAUGCAAAGAAAAUGGAAACCUGCCUGAGUCAGGCUAGUUACUUGGCCAAGAGAACCCUAUCAAUCAGCAUGCAAUAAAGAAUGUAAAGUAUUUUAGCACACAGAUAAGACCAGCGCAGAUUAGACUAUCUCCUCUAACUUGCAGGUUAAACUGCAUUGACAACUGCUUCCAAAAUUGCCACAUAAGAAAAAACUACCAAAUAACACCUAUGGGUGGGUGUUAAUUAACCCUUUUGCUACUGUAACUGAUGAAGCUGAGCAUGCAAAAUUCCUGUGGCUGAUUUUUCAAAAAAUCUAAUCGUUUACAUGCCACAGCUAUACGUUCAAGUAAUAAUUGGGUGUUUUUGUGAUGCUUAAAACUGUAACUUGGUUAUACUUAUUGCUCUGGAAUGGUCGGGGGGGAGAAGGUCAGACAUCCACAGAGAAGCUAGCAUCACAUCUGGAACCCUGCCAGCUUACUGUGGUCAGGGCUGAACCUGGGGUGGCAUCUUCCUACCCCCCCAAUUCUUUUUUUAAGAAAACUACUAUUUUUCCUCUUACUGACAUCAAUGGGAGGGAACACAUCUAUGUCAGCUCCAGGCUGGUGUCAGUCAGUGGCCUAAUCUCAAGGUGGGUCGGGAACAAGGGGGCUUUGGAUCUGGUGGAUUCAAGGCCACCCACAGAGUGUCCUACGCCAACCCCUACUGUUUGAAGUACUGAGGGUCUCCAGGAUGGAAGAUGGAUAGUUCCUUCCCUUCCAGGGUUAGUAUGGCUCCAAAAACCCUCUACUAAAGUUUCACUGCUGUUGAUUGUGGAUGUUUUAAUCAUGAUCAUAUUUCGUCUUUAUACUUGUUUUAAUAGUGAGAUUUUAAUCUGCUUUUUGAAAUGAGGGGUUUGUGUUGCCGUUUCGGGAAGGUCUGCUGAAAAGCAGUAUGGAAAUUUUAUGAAUAAAGUAAUACAUACAAUGAUGUAUUGACAGGAAAAUAAUGUAUGUCCUCAUUUACUCAGGAACCCAAAUAAUUCUCUACUGUUGUGGUAGUUGGCUUUUCUUGCAUUGUCAGGGCUUUUCCAGGCAGGGGCAGAGCUGUGUAGAGUGUGUUCCCUACAGAUACGGAGACCUUAAUUCAGAAAUCCAUGUAUGCAUGAUCUCUGCAAAUGACAGGAGAACCUUUUUCAGACUGAGGGCCAUAAUUCCCUCUUGGGGGCCGCAUCCAAGUGGUGGGUGGGCCACAAAUGUAAAUUUUACCAUUAUAUAGUAGGCUAGGUUUGUACACAUAGUCCCAUCUCUAUCCCCCAUCCAGGGCAAGAAACGUUAGCAGGGUUUAGUGACUCAUUCUAGACAGAUCCCCCCCCCAAAAAAAACCACUCAAUGAGAGUGCAAAGAGCUUGGGAAGAAGGAUGUGGCUGAGGAAGAAGUGUAGCCUGGGGAAGAGUCCCGUAGGCCAGACAGAGAGACUGGAGGGGCAAAUUUGGCUCUCGGGCAAAAGGUUCCUAACCCCCGACUAGGGAUGGGUGAGAAUUUUGAUUCAGUUCACAUUUCAAGCAGAAUUUAUCAAAUUCACAAUUUCUGAAACAGUAUGAGAACCGACAGCCAUCCUUCAAAAUUUGCAUUUAUUAGAAUUUUGGGAUGCAGUUCGCAAACUAAAAAAUACUUAUAAAAUGCAUAUAUUAGGGGGAAAUGUGCAUAAAAUGAAUAUAUAACAUACAAAA